CUCAACCAGUUGUUUACUCAAAGACGCACUCCAUCACCAUACUUGCGCCCUCCGCUACAAACAAACAUGGGGUCAAACCCUCAAAAUGAGCCCAGCGAAUCACUCAAAUACUACUUGAGAAAAGUGCAAGUCGAGGAAGAAAUGGAUCAUAUUUUGGAAGUCAUCAGAAAAGCAAACUACACCCCGUACGAUCCCAUUGUGGAGAUUGUCUUUCCGGUGAAUGGUCUCACAGGCGUCGAGUGCGACAAAGCUCUAGCUGAGCACAAACAAAGGCUUUGGGAUGAACACAACACAGACCCAUCCAGUAACUGGUUCUACGUAGUCGAGGCUACGUCUCUGAAGCCUGUUGGCUGCUGUCAGUGGCAAAUACAUCCAUCCGAUCCUUUCACAGAAAAUCCCCGAGUAGUCACCGCGCCAUGGUGGCCAGCUGGUGAGAGGCGCGAGUUCUGCGAGGCCAUAUUAAACAAGAUCUAUCACGCACGAAUGCAGUUGAUGCGAAAACCAUUCCAAGCGCUGGCUUGGAUGGCUGUCGUCCCACAACAUCGCCGACAAGGCAUCGGUGCAAUGCUCAUGCGGGCAGGAAUCGACAACGCAGACGCGCGAGAUCUCGAAUGUUGGAUCGAAGCAUCUGCAAUGGGAAAACCGCUCUACGAAAACUUUGGUUUCAAGGCUUUAUCCACGAUCAACCUGGACACAUCGAAGGAUGGGGAAAGCGAGGUUUGGGCACAGUGUCGACAGCAGUUGACUCCCCCUCCGAUAACCACAAUGUGGAGGCCGUGUAAAAGUGUCCAAAUCGGUAGCGGGGAAAUUAUCGUGCCAUUUCAGCCUGUCGGAGCUUGA